AGACAUGAUUAGAAAGCACGGCUCGUGUUAAAAAGAAUAUAAAAAAUGGAGUGAAAACACCUAGCUGCACGGGACAUUGACGAAUAGCAAUGUAAACAGAGCGCUAGCAUAGCAUUAGCUUAGCGGCGAAGGUGAGCUAGCGGCUACUAGCUUAGCUCUCAGCCCUCUGAGAUAACGACGAGUUUUUCUCAAAAGGAAGUUGGCGCAAUUUGGACCGUGAGCCUCGAUGUGUGAUCAUGGAGGCCGGAGGUGAUGAAGAGGUUGCAGAUGGCCAAACUGUUCAGUUAUCCACCGCGGAUGUUUGUCCCUCCGAGUCCAGAGAUGAGAGGUCCAAUGCGUCUCCAGAGAACUUGGAUGUGGAUGAAGAGGGUUUGUUCAAACACUCCACCACUCUGACCAACAAGCAGCGUGGGAACGAGGUUACAGUGCGCCCAGCUACAUUAGACUCUCUGUCCAUACACCAGCUGGCAGCCCAGGGCGAGGUCUCACAAGUGGCUGCACACCUGAGCAAAGACAGCUCACUGCUCAGCAAACAGGAUGAACGGGGCUUCACUCCUCUCAUGUGGGCGGCAGCGUUCGGAGAGAAGGCAGUGGUGGAUUUUCUCCUGGAGAAGGGUGCAGACCCCAAAACAAUUGCGAGGGAGCGAGAGAGCGCCCUGACGCUGGCCAGCUCUGGAGGUUAUGUGGACAUUGUGAAAUCUCUUCUCAGACAUGGAGUUGACAUUAACACUUACGAUUGGAAUGGUGGGACACCUCUUCUCUACGCUGUACGAGGGAACCACAUCAAAUGUGUGAAGGCGCUCUUAGCCAACGGAGCAGACAUGACUAUUGAGUCGGACUCCGGGUACAGUCCAAUGGCCUUAGCUGUUGCUCUUGGACACAAAAAAAUUCAGAAAGUGUUGGAGGACCAUAUUCUGAAACUCUACAAGCCGCCAACAUGACGCUACAGUUACAUGAAUGAAUGAAUGAAUGGACAGUCUGACACUGGUGAUCUCAGAUCUACAACCAGCCGUCAUCGCUGGUGAGAAGACCUCUGCCACAAUAAUAGACCAGUACACGUGCAGAGACAUUCACAGGGUGAACUUCAUUUGUUGUUUUUUAAACCGUUUAUUCCAUUUGUAUGCAUUUUUUUGGAUGCAUUACAAUGUACAAACAAGGACUAAAAUGUGACAUUUGCGCAGAUGAAUUAUUUUGUUUUGCUGACAGGCAGCAAAAGACUGUAAACAAGUUUUAAUAAAAAAGUAUUUUCAUA